AUGGCGUCCUGCGUGGGGAGCCGGACCCUGAGCAAGGACGAUGUGAACUACCGACUGCACUUCCGCAUGAUCAACGAGCAGCAGGUGGAAGACAUCACCCUGGAGUUCUUCUACCGGCCCCACACCAUCACCCUGCUGAGCUUCACCAUCCUCAGCCUCAUGGCCUUCGCCUUCACCCGGAAUGAUUCUAUCCCAGAAGAUAAUAUUUGGAAGGGUAUCCUCUCUGUGGUUUUCUUCUUUCUAAUCAUUAGUGUUCUAGCUUUUCCAAAUGGGCCUUUUACUCGCCCACAUCCAGCGAUAUGGCGGAUGGUUUUUGGUCUCAGCGUUCUCUAUUUCCUGUUUCUGGUGUUUGUGCUCUUCCUUAACUUGGAGCAGGUCAAAGCAGUGAUGUAUUGGCUAGAUCCUAAUCUUCGUUAUGCCACCAGGGAAGCAGACAUCAUGGAAUAUGCUGUGAACUGCCAUGUUAUCACCUGGGAGAGAAUCCUCAGCCAUUUUGACAUAUUUGCUUUUGGGCAUUUCUGGGGCUGGGCAAUGAAGGCCUUGUUGGUCCGCAGCUAUGGGCUAUGUUGGACUAUUAGCAUCACCUGGGAGCUCACUGAGCUGUUCUUCAUGCAUCUUCUGCCUAAUUUUGCUGAAUGCUGGUGGGAUCAAGUCAUUUUGGACAUCCUGCUAUGUAACGGGGGUGGCAUCUGGUUGGGCAUGAUAGUUUGUCGUUUCUUGGAGAUGAGGACCUAUCACUGGGCGAGUUUCAAGGACAUUCAUACCACCACAGGGAAAAUCAAAAGAGCUGUAUUACAGUUCACUCCAGCUAGCUGGACCUAUGUUCGCUGGUUUGACCCCAAGUCUUCAUUUCAAAGAGUGGCUGGAAUAUACCUUUUCAUGAUCAUCUGGCAGCUGACUGAGUUGAACACAUUCUUUUUGAAACAUAUCUUUGUAUUCCAAGCAAGUCACCCUUUAAGCUGGGGUAGAAUUCUCUUCAUUGGAAUUAUCACAGCACCCACUGUAAGGCAAUAUUACGCCUACCUCACAGACACACAGUGCAAAAGGGUAGGAACUCAGUGCUGGGUGUUCGGAGUCAUUGGUUUCCUUGAAGCUUUUGUGUGCAUAAAGUUUGGUCAAGAGCUCUUCUCCAAAACACAAAUAUUGUAUGUUGUGUUUUGGCUUCUUUGUGUGGCUGUUACGACUUUCCUGUGUUUAUAUGGAAUGGUUUGGUAUGCGGAGUACUCUGGCCACCGAGAAAAGACCUUGUCGGAAAGCGAGGACAGCCCAUACAGCCCAGAUGCCUCAUGGCUUCAUUCUAAAUUCACUAAAGGUACUGAAGAUAGUCCACCAAAACAUUCAGGCAACAUUGAGAGCCAUUCAUCUAGAAGAAGGAAUCGUCAUUCCAAAACAAAAGUAACCAAUGGAAUUGGCAAGAAAUAAGAUCAGUCUCUAAAGAUGUUCCAGAGUAUGCCUAGAUAUGAGAAGGAAAACUGGACCUGGUUCUGAAUUCCCUAUUAGAAGGUUAAUAAGAAAACAGGUGGAAGAUGAGGGAAAAUGUUUGCAGCAACCGAAGGGUCUAAUACCUUUUAAAAUGUAGCCAUCAGUGUAUUGCAGAUCAUUGUCUGUUGCCAUGUGCCAUUCACUGACUUAAAUCUAAUUUCUUCAGCACUUGGCAUUCAGAAACAAGUAGUAGUAUGUUGAAGGGAAAAAUAGUUUGC